CAAGCGUGUGCUGUGAUGGCGUCUUGGAAAAUGCGGGGAAGGUUGUUGUUUUUAUUGAGUAUUUUAACGUGUAUUACUUUAGUACACUGUAGAAGUUUGUCUCAGUUUUCUGGAACGGAAAAAACAAACGAUGGACGUGGGACGUGGUGAUGCUGGAGUCUUGGGCCUGUGGAACAAAAUGUUCAUGAAAGGGCAACUACUCAGUUCCUCUAAAGCAGCCUGGGAUGCCAUGUCUCCGAAGUUAAGGUGUGGUGACGAUCUCAUGAGUUUACAACUUGGUGGUCCAGACGUGGCAAACGUUGAACUUUGUCAAGGCAAUGGGGUGCCUGUUCCCCUCACUCAUCUGCCACCUGACUGUGGUCACACCACACUCACUAACAGAGGUCUUGUCUAUGCUACUCCCUAUGAUGGAUGUGGUGUUGCGCAAAAGGGAGGGCAUUAUGUGAUGCAGAUACUGUGGCAGGGAAACACUGCAGUAAUAUCUUGUCCUAUGCCCUCCACCACUGCAACUGCAACACUGAAACCCCCAUCUCCUGGUUAUCAAGAGUAUUUGCAAGGGUUUUGGCCUUUUUCCAGUUAUCUUUAUCCUGGAAGGGUUUAUUCUAUGUCUAUGCAAACAGACACACCUGUUACAACUACCGUAGUUUCUCAAGUACCAGAUGGAAAGCCUCAACGUCCCAAAUACCCCCAGCUGCCUUGGCCCUAUGGCUAUCCUGGAUACCCUUUUGGUGACCCAAACCUUGUCCCAUCCUCGGGCUCUGACGCUGCGCCAGGUGGCCAAGGACCAGAUGGAAAGCCUCAACGUCCCAAAUUCCCCCAGCUGCCUUGGCCCUAUGGCUAUCCUGGAUACCCUUUUGGUGACCCAAACCUUGUCCCAUCCUCGGGCUCUGACGCUGCGCCAGGUGGCCAAGGACCAGAUGGAAAGCCUCAACGCCCCAAAUGGCCCAGCUGCCUUGGCCUAUGGCUAUCCUGGAUACCCUUUUGGUGA